AUGUCUCAGUAUUUUAAACAAUUCCUACUUGGAAGAAGAACCAUGAAGCAUAACCUUUUCUUUCUAUUUACUACUUUCAGUGCAUUAGCUGGAUUUAAAAUUCAUCAUCAAAAUUUGAUUCAAUCUCUGACUUAAGCCGAGGGAAUAUAAGAGCAACAAAGAAGACAAUCAUAUUUUAGACAUGGAUUUAAAAUGAUACCUCAUAUUGAGAAAAAAUAUAAGGGUGGAGAAGAUGCUUGCUAUGCAGAUGAUUAGCUAUUAGUAGUUCUUGAUGGUGUUGGAGGUUGGAAUGAAGUUGGAGUUGACCCUGGUCUUUUCACUAAAUAAUUCAUAAAACUUAUUGAGCAAGAGCAUAAAAAUGACCCUAAUUUGGAAUUGAAGAUACUAUUAGAAAAAGCUUUAGUAUAAGUGACAAACUAAGGCAGCAGUACUGCUGUAUUACUUAAAAUUGACCCUCAAAGACCUGAUGUAUUGAACACAGCUAAUCUAGGAGAUUCUGGUUAUGCUAUUUUCAGAGUAGUUGAUCAAUAACUAGAACUAUACUAUAGGUCAAAGGAGCAAUAGCAUGGUUACGAUUUUCCAUUUCAAUGCGGAACUAAUGGUGACCCUACUAGCGAUGCUGAAACUCAAGAACAUACACUCAAAGAUAAUGACAUCUUAGUAGUAGGUUCAGAUGGUUUAUUUGAUAACCUUUACAAUAAUGAUAUCUAAUCUUGCAUCUAAACUUAAAUCAUUGGCUAGAAUUAUGAAGUAGAUCCUACAGCUGUUGCCGAGUGUAUUGCAGCAAAAGCUGAGUAAGUUUCUUUCAGUGAAACACAUUUCUCGCCUUUUGCAAAACAUGCUAAAGAAGCUGGGAAGGAAUAUCAGGGAGGAAAGAUGGAUGACAUCACAGUUGUUGUUGGUCAAUUUAAGAAUAGACAGAAUGAUAUCGUUUGA